AGCAGAGCCUGCUCUAGCCUAAGAAUUGACAAAGUCAAGACAAUCAAGAUGACAAACGAACCGAUUAAAGAGAUCCUGGCCACUCCAAAGCAUCCUGAUUUUGUAACCACGGAGAAGAGUAAUAACAAUGACUGUGUGAUAACCACCAUCCCUCUGGUCAGUGAAUGCCAGCUGACUGCAGCAACAGGGGGAGCUGAACUCUCCUGUUACCGCUGUACCAUUCCCUUCGGCGUGGUUAUCCUCAUAGCUGGCAUUGUGGUUACUGCUGUGGCAUACAGCUUCAAUUCCCAUGGAUCAAUCAUCUCUGUGUUUGGAUUAGUCCUCUUGUCAUCAGGACUCCUUUUGCUGGCUUCUAGUGCAGUGUGCUGGAAAAUUAGGCAGCAAAACAAGAAAGCAAAGAGGCGGGAGAGCCAGACAGCGCUUGUGGCAAAUCAGCGAACCUUGUUUGGUUAAAGACAACAAAGAGGAGGCUGGACGGAAGACAGAACCUUUGUAAGUCAACUUGACUGUUUAUCAGUAGGAGAGAUUGCAAGUUUUAAUUUAACUUUGGAAAUGAACUGAAAUGAAAAUGGAAUGGAUUAAGAAAGACGCUUAAGAACUCUGCAAGUGCUCUUAAUAUUUUUCCUACUGCAGGCUUGGUAGUGAUUCUUUCCAAGACGGAGGAAAAAACACUUUUCCUUCACAGAGAACAGUAUCGUCAUAACUGCAGUCAUCAUAACUGCAUUCUCCAACAUGCUGAUCAUGUUGGAAAGGGAACUUGUGGGAACUAAGAAAAUAAUUCGAACUGACUUGAAAUGCCAGAGAUCUCCUUAAAAUACACACUGUGACAUUUGACUAAGGGAGAAGUCAUAGCAUUUGAAGUGACUACAAGCUAAUGGCCAGAUUGCCUGUGACUUAAACU